AUGGCAUUCUUUUUACAGUACAGAGCUAUACAGCGACAUGUGAAGGAAGAGCUACAACGUGUAACUGAAGUUCCAGAUCCAUUGUCAGCACGCUUUUCCGACGGAACACACGAAUUGGGAGAUUUGGAGUCACCUGGUAAGCUGAACAAAGGUGAACCGUACACACGGAUCCCAGGUAUCACGUUGAGGGAAGAUGGUAACAGCCAGCUCUAUUACCAGGUUGACUGGAGCGGAUCCGAUGACCCAUUCAACCCCAAGCACUUCUCGACCCUACACCGUAUCUUUGCGACACUACUCGUAUGCCUCGUCGCUUUCGUUGCGACCCUUGCAUCUUCUAUCGACUCUGCUGUGCUCACUAGAGCGACUGCCGAUUUUGGAGUGUCAGAAGUAGCGGAAUCAUUGGCCACUGCGCUUUUCUUGGUAGGGUUUGGCUUUGGUGCCUUGCUCUUAUCUCCCCUCUCUGAGCUUCUCGGAAGAUAUCCUGUCUAUCUUGGCUCCCUUUUCGUUUUUGCCUGCUGGACGCUUGGGUCUGCGCUAGCACCGAAUUUUGGCGCUCAGAUUGUCUUUCGAUUCCUAGCUGGAUUCUCAGCGAGUACUCCCUUGACGGUUGCAGGUGGCUCCGUGGGUGAUCUGUGGAGUCCGGUGGAGAAGACAUUCGCCUUCCCACUGUUUGCGAUACCCGCAUUUGGUGGACCAGUUCUUGGCCCUGUGAUAGGUGCAUACAUUGGCUACAAGCAAGACAUCAACUGGAGGUGGACGGAAUGGAUAACGCUUAUUCUGAUCGGAGUUACCUUUACACUUAUCUUGCUUUGCAAAAGAGAGUCAUUCGCACCUCGCCUACUGCACUACAAAGCACAGCACUUCCGAAAACUUACAGGCAAUCAACAGUUCAAGACCGCGACUGAAGUAUCGCAUGGCUCCGUCGGUGAGCUCUUGUCUAGGUCUUUCACUCGGCCUUUUCUUCUCUGCACACAACCGAUUGUGGUGGCCUUUACACUUUAUUUGAUGAUUGUUUACAUCAUUUUGUUUACGUUUCUAGACGGUUACCCUUACAUCUUUGCAGAAACUUAUGGUAUAAACGAGGGACUAUCCAAUAUCUGCUUCGUUGGAUUGUUCAUUGGAAUCGCCCUUUCGGCGCUCCUUGUUCCAAUAGCCUACCACAAGACUGUACGACAACUUAAGGAAGAUGGAGACGAUGGAUCUGGCAAGGCCAUACAUCGCGAAUCGAGAUUGUUCUUUGCCAUGAUUGGAGCACCUUCACUACCUAUCGGACUGUUCUGGAUGGGUUGGACUGACUAUGCUUCCAUCUCAAUAUGGUCACCCUUGACAGCAUCAUUGCUUGUCGGCUUUAGCAACAUUUGUAUCUUUAUGUCAGCAUACAUGUACAUCAUUGACAGUUACGAAGCAUAUGCAGCAUCAGCCUUGACGUUUGUCGCCUUGGUCAGAUAUGUUGCAGCUGGUGGCAUGACAGUUGUCGGUAUUCCCAUGUACAGAAACCUGGGGACUCACUGGACCUUGACUCUGCUUGGUAUCAUUAGUGUUCUUGCGCUGCCCAUUCCGUAUGUGCUAUACCGCUUCGGACCGAGUCUCCGGAAGAGUAGCAAGUGGGCAGUAUAA